UCGCGGCCGGCGCGUGCGCCCGCCAACGCCGGAGCUGCCUCCGGAUGCCGUGCAAAAAAAAAAACCAAAAAAAAAAACCCCAAAAAUCAGAAAUCCUCGCUAGAGCCGCCGGCAGGUGCCGGGGCGGUGGGAUGCGGUGAGCCCCGAGGUUGCAUCAUGCUGGGAAGGGCUGGGCAGAGUCCUCCAGGUUGUUGUGGUGGCCCCAUAAAGGAGCCCCGCUCUUGGCCUUUGGCUCCUCGUUAGCCGGGACGAGGUUUGUUUUUCGGGUUGCCCGACAUGGACUCUUUCUGGAAGACAGGUUCGGCGGGCAGCGCGGUUGAUGGACCCAGCAGAAGCCAAAUGGAAGAAGGGCCAAUUAAUUAUGUGGAAGAAAGGCGGCUGAAGGAGGGCAGCGGGCUCAGCCUGGUGAAUGGGGGCCGGCCGGAGGCGGGGGGUACCGUGCUGAUGGAGCCCAGCGGGUGGUCGCCGGGCCAGCCGCCCACCACUGGCAAAGUCCACCUGGAAGACGUCCGGAACCUGGUGGCCUUCUCCGCGGUGGCCGAAGCCGUUUCCUCGUACCGGCUCCCUCCGCCGGGCUCGCCGUCGCUGCUCUACGAGAAGUUCGACUCGGAGAUGAGCCGGGGCGGGCUGGGCACGGCGGACGGGGUGCCCCGAGGAGAGGACCUGCACGCCCUCAAGGCCGCCCUGGCGUUGGCCAAGCACGGUGUGAAGCCCCCCAACUGCAACUGCGACGGCCCCGAGUGCCCCGACUACCUGGAAUGGCUGGAGCAGAAGAUCAAGACGGCUCUUGGAGAAGAGCUGGCGUCACCUCGUCCCCGCGCCGCCGCCAUCCCCCCGCCUCCUCCCCCUGAAGGUGCUAUCGACCCCCAGCCGGUGCCUGAGGCUGCCGAGCCGUGCCCUCCCGACGGCCUCCCCUUUUCCCAGAGCGCGUUGACCAUCGCCAAGGAGAAGAACAUCAGCCUGCAGACCGCCAUAGCCAUCGAAGCCCUGACGCAGCUGUCGGCCGCCCUGCCCCAGCCCGCGGGCGAUGGGCAGCCCCCGCUGCCGCCGCCCGCCGCCGUCCCCUUCGGCCCCGGCCCCCUCGGCCCGCCGGGGGCCGCGUGGCAGCGAGGGGACGAGCCCCGGUACCCGCCCGAGCCGGGAGCAGCACCUGAGCCAUUUUUCGGCGCGGCACCUCCGCGGGGGAACUUCGCGGCCCCGUGGGGGCUGGAGGCCGAGGGGGCAGCGGGGGCUGGAGACCCCAUGGCCGAGCUGGAGCAGCUGCUGGGGAAUGCUGACGACUACAUCAAGGCGGCUUUCAAGAGACCCGAAGCGACGGCCGGCAAAGUGACAGCUCCCAAAACAGAGCCCCCCGAGCGAGCACCCAGCAAAGAAGCACCGGGCGGCCCCCGCGUGCCAGCACCGCAGGAGCCUGACCUGCACAAGAAGACACAGCUGGUCCUGCAGCAGCAUCUCCACCACAAGCGCAGCCUCUUCCUCGAGCAAAGCCUGGCGGCGGCGGCACCAACACCCCCGGACCGGCCGAGCGGCUGGUGGGCUCCCGGCGCCCCCGCCGCGCCCCCCAAGCCCUUGGAAAAGCAGCCCAAAGAGAAGAAGAAGAAAACGCCGCCCGAAAAGCCCCCGCCGGCCAAACCUCUCCGCAAGCAAGUGCAGAUCAAGAAGGCCAAGCAGAAGGACUCGCAGCCGCUCUUCCCUCCCCUCUGGCAGAUCAGCCUGGAGGGGUUUCGGGCGCCCGCCGAGCCCCCCGCCGAACCCCCCGCCGAAGAGAUGCAAACGGAGCCGCCGCCGCCGCCGGCCUUCCCGCACCAGCCUCUUGCACUACCCCAGCCCGCCGCAUGCCCCCCGCCACCAAACCCCCCGGACGGCGUCCCCCCGGCUCCCGACUCUCAGGAAAGGGGUGCCCCCGGGGGGGGCCCCCACAUUCACUCGGCGCCGGCGGGCUCAACUGGCUCGGAGGAAGCUGCCCCGCCGCCGGCCAGCUCGGCUCCCAUCAUGGUGGAUGACAAGUUGGAAGAGCUCAUCCGACAAUUUGAAGCCGAGUUUGGGGAGAAUUUCAACCUGCCGCCCCCCGAGACGCCUGCCCCGCUCGCCGCCGGGGCUGCCGAGCUGCCGGGGGGGCCAGCACCAGCCCCGCAAGGGUCCCCCACCGCGGCCAGCACCGCGGCCACCGCCGCCCCGGCUCCCGGCAGCGCUCCCCAAGCCGGACCCAAAAGCGUCUCUCCAGGGAAGGGGCCGCUGUCAGAGCCACCCUUCACUGCCCGCUCCCCCAAACAGAUCAAAAUCGAGUCUUCUGGUGCUAUCACCGUGGUGUCUACCACGUGUUUUUACUCUGAGGAAAGCCAAAACCCAGACGUGGACGACGUCGACAGAACGCCCACCAAGGACGAGGUGCCGCUGACGCCCACCCUGAGCGGCUUCUUGGAGUCUCCGCUGAAAUACCUGGACACGCCGACCAAAAGCCUCCUGGACACCCCUGCCAAGAGGGCACAGGCGGAAUUCCCCACCUGUGACUGCGUUGAGCAAAUCGUGGAGAAGGAUGAGGGGCCCUAUUACACCCACCUGGGCUCGGGGCCCACCGUGGCCUCCAUCCGGGAGCUCAUGGAGGAGAGGUACGGUGAGAAGGGCAAGGCCAUCCGCAUCGAGAAGGUCAUCUACACGGGCAAGGAGGGCAAGAGCUCCCGGGGCUGCCCCAUCGCCAAGUGGGUGAUCCGCAGACACAACCAGGAGGAGAAGCUGCUGUGCCUGGUGCGGCACCGCGCCGGCCACCACUGCCAGAACGCCGUCAUCAUCAUCCUCAUCCUGGCCUGGGAGGGCAUCCCCCGCACACUGGGGGACACGCUCUACCAGGAGCUCACCGACACCCUCACCAAGUACGGCAACCCCACCAGCCGCCGCUGCGGCCUCAACGACGACCGGACCUGCGCGUGCCAAGGCAAGGACCCCAACACCUGCGGAGCUUCCUUCUCCUUCGGCUGCUCCUGGAGCAUGUACUUCAACGGCUGCAAAUACGCCCGCAGCAAAACUCCCCGCAAGUUCAGGCUGGUGGGAGACAACCCCAAAGAGGAAGAGCUGCUCCGGAGAAGCUUUCAGGACUUGGCCACCGAGGUUGCUCCGCUUUACAAGAGGCUGGCGCCGCAAGCCUACCAAAACCAGGUCACCAAUGAGGAUGUAGCCAUCGACUGCCGGCUGGGCUUGAAGGAGGGGAGGCCGUUCUCGGGGGUGACGGCGUGCAUGGACUUCUGUGCUCAUGCUCACAAGGACCAGCACAACCUCUACAACGGCUGCACCGUGGUCUGCACGCUGACGAAGGAAGACAAUCGUGUGGUGGGGAAAAUUCCUGAAGAUGAGCAGCUGCACGUCCUCCCCCUCUACAAGAUGUCCAGCACAGAUGAGUUUGGCAGUGAGGAGAACCAAAACGCCAAGGUGGGCAGCGGGGCCAUCCAGGUGCUCACGUCCUUCCCCCGCGAGGUCCGCAAGCUGCCCGAGCCCGCCAAGUCCUGCCGGCAGCGGCAGCUGGAGGCCAGGAGAGCUGCUGCCGAGAGGAAGAAGCUGCAGAAAGAGAAGCUGAUGACACCAGAGAAGAUCAAGCAGGAAGCGCUGGAGCUCCCCACGCUCCAGCCAAAUGCAGGUAUGGCGUUGAAAGGCGGGAUAGCCCCGCAGCCGCUGAAACCUUCCAUCAAGGUGGAACCCCAGAGCCAUUACAACGCCUUCAAGUACAACGGCAACGCCGUGGUGGAGAGCUACUCGGUGCUGGGCAGCUGCCGGCCCUCCGACCCGUACAGCAUGAACAGUGUUUACUCUUACCAUUCCUACUAUGCACAGCCCAAUCUGCCUUCCGUGAACGGGUUUCACUCCAAGUUCGCGCUUCCCUCCUUCGGGUAUUACGGCUUUUCCAGCAACCACGUGUUCCCCUCGCAGUUUCUCAAUUACGGGGCGCCCGAGAGGAGCGGGAGCAGCUGGGUCAGCAACGGCUACGAGAAGAAGCCCGACGUCUCGGCGCUGCAGGAGAACCUCAACCACAGCUACGGGAACACCAAUUUCCCCGAGCCCAUCCCGCACAGCGUGCGGAGCAAAAACCAUCACCAGCGCACCUACGAGCGAGCCAACCGCUACGCCAGCCAGCAGAAAGCGGCGGCGGCAGCGCCCGGGGCGCACAGGACUAGCUCGGGCUCGGAGGAGGCACCGGCGUUUGCACAGAACUGUUUUGGCAGCAGGCCCAUCAAGCAGGAGCCCCCCGACCCCCCGCCUGCCAUCGAGCCCCUUCCCAGCGCUGCGGCCGUGCCCGGCGCUGGUUUAACGCUGCCGGCCGUCCCCGCGCACGGCACAGCGCCGGAGCAGCGGUGGAGCCCCUUCAAGGCUCCCCAGGGCACGGCUUCCCCCGAGAGGACUAGCACGGCUGAGGGCUCGUGGAGCGCGCUGGCGCCGGGCUCGGGCGGGCGGGAGAAGCUGAGCGCCUUCGAUGCCGCCGUGCGCUUGCCGCCGCCGGAGAAGCAGUGGUCCAACGUCCUGGCUGGAGAGACGGCGGCGGCGGCGCACGGCUCGGGCUUGCUGCCGAAAUCGUGGAGCCCCUGCAAGCUGGGGGAGACGGCGCUGGCGGGCACGGGCACCCCGGGCCUGCUGGGGUCGCUGGGGUUCAGCUCGGCUCUGCCAGGGCUCCCCGGCUUCCCCGAGGAGCCGUGGGGCUCCGUGAAGGUGGAGGAGCGGAGGACACCGGCACCCAGCCCGGGGCUGGCGGAGAAGCCGUGGGAGGCAGCGGCGGGUGAGAAGGGGGCGGCAGGGCCCCGCCAGGAGAAGCCGUGGGACCCCUUUGGCCUGGAGGAGGAUCUGCCGGAGAAGGCGGUGAAGGAGGAAGAGGAAGAGGAGGAGGAAGAGGAGGAGGAAGAGGAAGAGGAGUGGUCGGACAGUGAGCACAACUUCCUGGACGAGAACAUCGGCGGCGUGGCCGUGGCGCCCGCCCACGGCUCCAUCCUCAUCGAGUGUGCCCGCCGCGAGCUGCACGCCACCACCCCGCUGAAGAAACCCAACCGCUGCCACCCCACCCGCAUCUCCCUCGUCUUCUACCAACACAAGAACUUGAACCAGCCCAACCACGGCCUGGCACUGUGGGAGGCCAAGGUGAAGCAGCUGGCGGAGCGGGCUCGGGCCCGGCAGGAGGAGGCGGCGCGUCUGGGGCUGCCGCCGGACGCCAAAGCCUUUGCCAAGAAGCGCAAGUGGGGCGGCGCGUUGGCGACCGAGGCGCCCAGCAAGGAGAGGAGGGACUCAGUCCCCACGCGGCAGGCGGUGGCAAUCCCCACCAACUCCGCCAUCACUGUGUCCUCCUACGCCUACACCAAGGUGACGGGCCCCUACAGCCGCUGGAUCUGAGACCGAGGCGACCGCCAUGGCCCCAUCUUACCUCAACCCUCGGCAGCGCCGCGGCCCGGCGUUGCUUCGUGGUGCUUUCUCCUCGGGCGCGGGGGAGAAGAAAACAAAAGUAAAUAGACGAAACCGAAGCGAAACACAACAACCACAAAAAACAAAAAAAAAAAUCCAACCCAUAGGAAACGAACCCAACGCGUGUGCUUGGGAGCAGCGGAGCCGGCGCGGGCUCACGCCGUCGGAGAGCUGCGCCCGGCGAGGAGUUGGCAAAGCAAGCAAAACUUGGGUGAAAAACCCAAGAGGAACGAUGCUGUUUGAUGAUUUUAGGUAAUCUCAUAUUUAUAUCUCCAUGUUUUUUAAUCUAGCCUCGGAUGAAUUUCCUAGCGUCCUUUCGCAAGGAGAGGUUUUUAAUUCCACUUCAAAUGGCCUGUUUGUUGGAUUUGAUUUUAUUUUAUUUUUUACUCCGAUGACAACGACGAAGCCGAUCUUCGAAAGAGAAGCCAACGUUGAGAAACCACCCUAAUCAUGAAUCCAAACCAACUUGAACACCAAACCAGCUCAAAGGCAAGAGGUGACUCCCUCCAGCUCCGCCGCGUGGGGGCUGCUGGGACCGUGUGCUUUACUGUCAGCUGGACACGCUGAACAUCCAAUUAUUUUUAUUCCAAGGACCUAAAAAUACCAAUUUUGCAGCUCGAGGAGACCUUUCUCACAGCAACGGGAGCCCGCGAGCGAGCGGGCCGUCCCGGGAUGGCGCAUCUCCGCCCGGCUCUCGCCUCUGGCGGGAUCGGCUCUGCCGCCGCGGAGCAAAGCCGGCGUCUCUCCUGGCGCCGGAGACCUCAGGACACGUCCGGGCUGGGGAACGCCGCUGCCGGGGGGCCACGCUCGGGCUCGGACUUGGGGCUCCUUUGCCCACGGCCUCCGGGGCGAGCGGCAGCGGCGGCGUCUCCGUAGGAGCCGACGGGACAAAAACAGAAGAAAAAAAAAGAAAAAAAAAUUACAAAAAACAGGAAAAAAAACCACAAACCAACCCCAAACUGUGAAUAGCGAGUGUUGCUCUCUGUACAUCACUGUUGCUAAAGUCUGGUGCUUUCCGUCUCUGGGGGACUUUCUCCGUGCAAUCGGCUCCGGGAAGAGCGAAUCCCAAGACUUGGCUGGCCAAAACCCCGCCGGGUCCGCCUUCCCCGCCGGUGCCGGCGAGCCGCGGCAGCGCCGCCGGGGCUCGGUGCUCUUUUCUCUCCCCGGGUGCCAUCCCUCCUUCCUACGGAUCACCGUUCUUCCCUCAAAACAAACAAACAAAAAAAAAACAAAACAAAAA